GUUAUUCUAGGCAGACGCGCGCUUCAGAGGUGUCAAACACGAGGUCACGCUUUUCAAAGACAGGGGUUGCAGGUGUAAGUGAAGUGCUCGGGCGAAGCACGGAGUUAACUGAUGACGCGAACAAACUGAACCUCGGGAAGGUCCACAGGUAUCAACUCUCAACUCAGUUAAACAACAACACAAGUUCGAAUCAACAAGACGUCGAUCGAUCAAACUGCCAAUAUGCCCGACUUAUCUAUAUUCAAAUCACCAGCUCCGUACCAUAUCAUCACGUUCGCACAAUCUCUCCCAUCCGAGCAUGCCGGAUCAAAUUAACCCUUCGCAGUUAUGGUACCUUGCUAGGAACCACCUUCUUCCAGAGCUUCGUCAAUGGAAUCGUAGCCUUCCGAGCUCUCCCUCGACCUAUGUUCUCCCAAUUGCAGCAGAAGAUCUUCCCCGUCUACUUUGCGCUGCAAACCGCCUUGCCCGCCGUUCUCCUCAUGACCUACCCUGGGUCGAGCAGCCCUCUUGGCCCCUCAUCAAGUUUCGCAGGAACCUUUGCAGAAUCGAACCGAUACAGCGUGUUGCUGCCAAUCGCCACUAUGUUUAUCACUGGGCUGGUCAACAUGGUAUACAUUGGUCCCGAAACCACCAGAAUCAUGAGGGAACGAAAGAUCCAAGGUACGAUAUUGGCCCGUUUGCUCUCUUGGCCUUUACUAAUGCACGUCUGGCGCAGAAACCCGCGAUGGCAAGAAAUCAUACGAUCCCGCCCCACACUCGAAGGAGAUGCAGACACUCAACAGAGCUUUUGGAAAGAUGCAUGGAUUGUCUUCGAUUUCGAAUCUUGUUGGCUUGAUUGCGAUGCUUGCGUAUGGAUUCUCUCUUGCAAGCCGAAUUCAGUAGACUUGCUGCAGAAACAUACAUGUCAUCGUACUUUUCUCACGUACUGCGCUCGUUUUCUGGCUUCCUCUCAUUUUUCUGGUUUGCAAGAAUAAGAUGACGUUCGCUGAAUGCUUUCUCUCCCCUCCUGUGAUCAUCUAUCUACUUAUAGCACAUACAUCCGUGC